CAAUCACCAAAGCAAUCUUGUUGUCAUGUCCAUAUGAUAAAUGAAAGUGAAGAAAUUAAAUGCUAUAUGUUAACAGUAUUUAUAUUCAUACCUAUUUACAUACCUACUUGAAAUAUUAACCUUUAUGUUACAUAUUAUAAAAAUAUUAAAUACUAGCAGCCUGUCUCAACUUUGCAUGGGUGGACAUUUUUACAAAAUUUUACACUUUCCAACAUAUCUUUUGAAUCGAAUAUACCUACGAUUUGAAAAAUUCAAAAGUAAACUGCAGAUAUUGAAACAAUUUUGAAUACAAAAUAAUUUAUUUGGAUAAGGAUUAAUAAAUAGAAAUUUGUAUAUAAUGGCAUUUUCAUUUACACAACAUGCUCCUCGACCAUACAUGGGUAACAAGUAUCAAAGAGAAAAAAGCCACAACUUCCAUUGGAAGCAAAAUACUGGAUCUAAAUUAAAUUAUUCAGGAGAGAAAGGCUUUAUCCAAAAACCUUUCAAAACUUCUGAAGAAUUCUGGUGUGAGACCUGUGAUCGGAGUUUUUAUACUGCUGAUUUAUUAGAAAAACAUAAAAAACAACAUGAGAAAUGUAACAUUGAUGGCUGCCAGUUUGUUGCACACCCUAAAGUAAUUACAAAACACAUACAAAUGCAACAUUCAUCAGGGAUAUAUAAAAAAAUUGCAAACCUUAACAAUCCAGAAGAAAUAAAAAAAUGGAUAGAGGAAAGGAAGAAGAAAUAUCCCACUAUGAAUAAUAUUGAGAAAAAAGCAGCUCAAAUGAAAGAAAAGAUCGAAAGAGGUGAAAAAAUGGGCCUGCGUAAGAAUGAACACAACAGAAAUAUCAAACUAGGUGCCAGAAGAAAUCAUGAUAAUUUAGGAAAUAGACAUAGUUUUAGACGAAAUGUUUUAAGGAACUGCAUGCAGUCAACAAAACAGUAUAAACAUAUAAACAAUAAUAAUAAAAUUAUAUCAAAAGAUGGUAAUAAUUUGUUGCCAGUUUUUGAGAAUGAGAGAAAACUUAAACCGUUUCAAGGAAUUCAAGAUUUAGAUAUGCAUAGUGAUACAAAUGAGGAAACAGAAGAGUCAGAUAACAAUUUUUCAGAAGAUGAUGAUAUGGAAUAUUCUAAUAAAAAUAAAGACAUUACUCAUAAUAAUGAGCCGGUAGUCUGUAGUGCCUUGUCAUCUUUAAUAUGCAAUUAUGAAUCUUCUGAUGAAGAAGAGAAAACAAACAACGAAGUAAAAAUAGAAACUUUAACAUCAAAGAACAGUAUUGAAUCUCAGAAAAAAAUUACAUGUUUAAAAAUACUGGAUGUUAAAAAUACAACAGAAAAUAAUUCAACACAUCCUAGUGAUGAUACAAUUGAUAAAGGAAAUAAUAGUGAUUGUGAUAGUGGACCAGAAGAAGUGAAAAUUGAAAGAACUACUAUUAAUGAUACAAACACUAAGCAGACCGAAUCUGUUUGUAAUAAAAAAUAUUUAACAAAAAGGAAAAUGAAUGCUAAUGAAACUAAACACAAAAGUUACUCUAAUAAGAAACCAAAAAUACCUUCAACACUUCUUCAAAAACUACUUAGUAAAGAAAUACAACAUGAACGUAACAUAGUUUUACAAUGUAUUAGACAUAUUAUAAAAAAUGAUUAUUUUGAUACAUAAAUAAUAAACAAUAAAAACAAAAUAUUAGUGAUCUAUAUUUCUUCCUCCAAACUCGGAUUUUAUAUAUAUCUGAAACUUAAUUAUUAUUAUUUGUUAAAAAAUGGUGCUAACCACAAAAUAAUACACUCGAGAGCAAUGAAUGCGGAUCACCUAAAGAAACCUAUAAAUCUUGGUAACUAAAAAUGCUAGCUUAAUAAAAUAAACGGUGUUUAAUAGACAAUGUAAUACCUCUUAACUGAAAGUAAUAAAAUUUAUAAGUCACUA